AUGGCAUGUUCAGCCUUGGGAACAGUUCUUGCUGUACCGUUUCUACGUCAUCACGUAUCUGAUACAACCAUAGCCAUUGUUGGGCUUGUAUCCAAGGCAGCCGGUACCCUGUGGAUUGGAGUCAUACAGAGUGAAGCAGUCUUAUAUUUUUCAAUCCUGCUGCUUGCAUUCCAACUUUUACCUUUUCCAAUGAUGCGAGCAAUAGUUUCUCGGGGCAUUCAUCCAACAGACCAAGGUUCUUUGUUUGCUUUGAUGCAUUGUGGAGAAAGUCUGAUCCAUUUCCUUGCUCCUCUGAUAUUUACCGUGAUCUAUGCUAGCACAUUGCGUUUCUAUACUGGAUUUAUAUUCAUUGUCGCAGCCAUAAUGUUACUUAUUCCAGCUGGAUUUACUUUGGGCAUCAAAUUCCUUGAUGCUAAGAUAAAUGUGGAUUACCAAGCAAUGGAGGAUAGAGGAACUGAACUGGCUACCUCCCCAAGUGUUGCUAGCAGCAUUAAUUUUGACGAUAUCGCAUCAAUUGCAUCGUCACAGAACAAUGCACCCAUCAGCACAAUCUCAGUUUCAUAG